AUGGAGGACGCUGAGGAUGGCAUCGCUGUUGUGGGGAUAGGAUGCAAUUUUCCAGGGGGAGAAGGUCUUGAUAAUUUUUGGGAUGUUCUGGUGAAUGGGAGGAACUGUUCUGUGCCAAUUCCCAAGGAAAGGUUUGACCUGGCCAGCUGGUAUGAUCCCGAUGACAAUAAAGCGGGUAAAUCCCGCACAGCCAAGGCUGCUGUCAUUGAAGGAUUCAAUGAAUUCGACCACAAGUUCUUUGGCAUCAGUGACAGUGAAGUGGAACAAAUGGACCCUCAACAAAAGCAACUUCUUCAGUGUGUGUACCGGGCUUUAGAGAAUGCUGGAAUCCCUAUGGAGAAGGCCAGUGGGACGAGGACAGGAGUGUUUUUUGGCCUGAUGAACAGAGAUUAUGAGCAAUCUGCUGCACAUGUGCACCCAAAUGUUAUCAACCACUGGACUGGCACAGGACUAGCCAUGAGUAUAGCAGCAAACCGAGUCUCCUACAUCUUCAACUUCACUGGUCCCUCAAUGACUAUAGACUGUGCCUGCUCAUCAUCACUUGUGGCUCUUCAUCUUGCUUGCCAAGCCAUUAAACAGGGAGACUGUGAGAUGGCGCUCUGUGGAGGUGUCAGCUGUAUCAUAGAGCCAAGAGUGUUUGUUGCUCUCAGCAAGGCGAAGAUGAUCUCACCUGAAGGAACCAGCAAGCCUUUCUCCAGCAGAGCAGACGGCUAUGGCAGAGGAGAGGGCUGCGGGGUAGUUCUGCUGAAACCACUGAAAAAGGCUAUACACGACCGUGACCAUGUAUGGGGAAUUGUCAGCAAAACUGCAGUCAACCAAGAUGGUCACACAGUCUCUCCAAUCACCAAGCCCUCCAUGGUUCAACAAGAGGAGCUCCUGCGCAGCAUCUACUCGAAGUCUGAUCUUUCAAAUGUCCAGUACAUAGAGGCGCAUGGGACUGGAACCCCAAUUGGAGACCCAACAGAGGCAGCAAGCAUCUCCAACGUCAUUGCUAAAGCCAGGCCUCCAGGUUCAGAGACGCUUCGCAUUGGGUCUGUGAAAAGCAACAUUGGACACACAGAAUCUGCAGCUGGAGUGGCAGGGCUCAUUAAGGUACUCUUAAUGAUGAAGCACGAAACCAUUGUCCCCUCUGUUUUCUAUUCUGAUGACAGCGCCAGUGUAGAUGCCAAAACCCUAAAUAUAAAAGUCCCGACCAAACCAGAGAAGUGGCAAGCCUCUACUGACAGAAUAGCUGGAGUGAACAACUUUGGCUUUGGGGGAACAAAUGCACAUGCCAUUGUCAAACAGCACAAACAGCCUUACCUUCUGCAAAAGAGUAAAAGGAAAGAUAGGAAGUGUUUUGUCUUGUCUGCAAAUUCACCAAAAUCUCUCACUUUGAUGAUGGAAGAUACCAUUAAACAGCUAGACGUAAACAGCAAAGUUGAUGUAGAUGCUCUGGUGUACACAUCAGCUUGCAGGAGGAGUCAUCUAAAACACAAAUACAGAAAGGCCAUCAUGAUUUCAUCUGCAAUUGAUCUUAAAGAACAGUUGAAAUCUGCCCUGAGUAAGAAACUUGUCCCCUCCCACUCAGACCCAAGAUUAGUGUUUAUCUUCUGUGGGAAUGGUGUCACGUACCAUGGUAUGUGUAAACAGCUAUUAAAACACGAGGCUGUAUUCAGAGAUAAGAUCAAAGAGAUUGGACAACUUUUCCAAAGGUUGAGCAAACUGAACAUCUUGGACACACUGGAGAGUGAGACUGAAAGUAGUGACUUUACAAAACCAGAUGUUGUCCAGCCCCUCCUCUUUGCCAUUCAGGUUGGUAUUGCCACGCUCCUCAAGCACUGGGGCGUCAAGCCAGGUGCGAUACUUGGGCACUCUGUUGGAGAGGUUGCAGCCGCCCAUUGCUCUGGUCUUUUGUCUCUUGAGGAUGCAGUAAAAGUAAUCUACAACCGCAGUACUCUUCAGAGCAAGGUCACAGGAGGGAAGAUGCUUGUGAUCAGCAACAUGGCUGUGUCAGAGGUUGUUGAUCUUCUCCCUCGUUACUCUGAUAGGGUUUGUAUUGCUGCUUUCAACAGCCCCCAGUCCUGCACCCUCUCAGGAGAUGUUGAUGCAAUAAAAAGUCUGCAUGAAAAGCUCAGCACUUCAACCAAGGGACAGAAUCUGUUCCUUCGCAUAUUGGAUGUCCCUGCUGCUUACCACAGCCACAUGAUGGACCCAAUUAUGUCUGAAAUACGGGAGAAUAUUGGCUUCUUGCAGAGGAAUGUCCUUGAGGCUGAGUUGUUUUCUACAGUGACAGGCAAGGAGGUAGAACAGCCUGAUUUUUGCACAGGAGACUACUGGGCCAGAAACAUUCGUGAACCAGUAUCUUUUGAGCAGGCAGUGAGGUCAGCAGCUAAAGGGAAGAAAAAUGUUGUUUUUGUGGAGAUAGGACCAAGAAGGGCCCUCCAAAGGAACAUAAUGGAAACUCUGGGAAAUGACACACCUGUUCUUGCCUCAGUGCUCCCAGAGAAAGAUCACGAAACAGCAUUGGCCGUUGUGUCUAAGCUGUUUGAGCUAGGGGUUCAGGUGGAUUGGAACUGCUUCUACCAAGGAUUUGAGACAAUAUCCUUGCCCGUCCCAAGAUACCAGUUUGAUUGCUCUGAGAGAGAUGUUAUCAUUGGGGCAGCACAGAAAAGCACAGCAGGUAAUCAUCCUGUGCUCUGUCAGACUGACAGUGAAACCAGUGUUUUCAGCUGUGAUUUGUUGUCUGAUUCUUCAUCGUAUCUUACACAGCAUAAACACAAUGGUAUACCGAUCAUCCCCGGAGCCUUCUAUGCUGAGUUGGGUUUAGCUGCAUUCAUGGCUAGUGCCAAACCAAAGGUCCCUCUCAGUUCGCUUCAGCUCAGUGUCAAUUUUCAGAGUCCAUUUGUUUUGACCCAGAACGCCCCUGAAAUGAAAGUAAAACUAGAGCAAGCAGGGAAUGAGACUACUUUCAAAGUGUUUUCCCUAUCAGCAGUCUAUGCAUCAGGCACAGUCGUUUCCAAGAGGGAGAGACUAAUAGAGGAACAAAGUAUUUCGUUAACCUCCAUCUACAAAAGAUGCCAAUCUGUAGUGAGCUCUGAGGAGUUCUAUGGAUAUCUGUCUCAAGGUGGCUUUCAGUAUGGGGAUGUUUUCAAAAAUAAGGGGGAUGUACACUAUGGGGAAGAACUAAUGGAGGCUUUUUCAGUUGUCAGUGUUCCAGAAGAAUUACAGGCUGAAUUGCAUGACUACUGCAUCCACCCUGUUGUACUUGAUUUCCUGAUGCAGCUUCUUCCAGCUACAGUGACCCAUACAUUUGCUGGUCGACCAGGGUUUCCUGCCGUAAUAGGAAGCUUGACAGUUUUUGAGCCCUUGCAAGAUGAGAUGAUUGUUUAUCUGAGAGCAACUGAUGUGGAUGUUGAUCAGUUUGAGGUAUGUGCCUGCUUUUCGGAUAAACAAGGCAGAGUGUUGGUUGAGCUUAAGAACGUGCUAAUCAAGUACCUUGGUAGUGGUUUUCAUGUAGUUGAGGAAUACUUCUACCAUAAUGACUACAAUGUUGUCUCUGAAACAAUCACACCCACUCCUCCUCCUAAGGCAUUGGUCUUCUCUGACCAGUUGGGGAUAUCAAAAGCCAUGCAACAAUACCUGGACUCAGGAUCAAGAUACAUUCCUAUAACACAUGCAAAAGAUAUCCUGAGCCAUGGAUUCCCAAGUCUCUUGACAAAUCUCAAUAUCAAAGAUAUUGAGAAAAACUUUGAGGAGGUCUUGUUUAUGUGGGGUAAAGAAGACCUCACUUUACUAGCAGCUGAUACUGUGUUGCAAAAUUUGGUGAACUACUGUGAGAUUUUCCGCCAAAUAGUCCUUGAACUGAAGAUAAUUGGUUUUCCAAACUCCAUCAGAGCAAUAACCCACUGCUCCUCUGAAAUUACAGUAGAGCAUAUAAGUCCAGGUUUUGCUCUCUUAGGCAUGACAAGAUCAUUUGCUGCAGAGAUACCAGAUCUCUCAUUCCAGCUGAUUGACAUGAGUUCAGUCUCUGCUAAGGACAUUGCAGCUCUGUCUCAGGUCUUAAAAUCAUAUCCUUGCCAGAAGUACCCAGAAUUGGUGGUGAAAGACGGGAUAAUUUUGAAACCCUCCAUCACCCGUACCCCGGUUCAAAUCACUGACAGUUCAGAAGGCAGUCUCAGCUCAACAUUGUCUGAGCCCUACAUCCUCCAGACACCUCAUGCACACUCUGUGACUAAGCUGUUAGCCACUCAUUCUUAUGAGGAAGACCAGCCAGUCAGCAACACAUCAGUUGAAAUUAAGCUCAGUAAGAUAUGUGUUCAUUCAUCUGAUUAUUUCCCUGUCAGUGCUUCACAUUUGAAAUUUGGCCAAACACUCUACUGGAACAAAUACUCAUCUCAGAAACACAAGCUACUUGCUCUUGAUUUCAGUGGCACUGUUACAGCAGUCGGAAGGGAUGUUAGAAAAGUGAAAGUUGGUGACCAUGUUGCUUCAUGUUACCCUGUUUUGGCAACCAACAAGGUCAGUGUUCCACAGGAUGUGUGCUACAGUACAAAGCGUCUCCCAUUCCUUCAAAAAACACCCUGUGUUUCAUACUUUGUGUUGGCAUGGGAGAUUCUGCAUAAAGCCUUGCCCAAAGCCAAACAACAACUUGGAAUCAUAUCCUCUCUUCCUAAUACAACUUUGCUCAAAGUCCUGGCCCUCACAUGUAGCAAAUCAGGGUGGAAUGUCAUUGUUGGUACACAGUGCAAUGGAUCUUUUGUGGGUGUUAAUCAAAUGGAUGCAUUCAUCCUCUUGCCACCAUUUGAUGAAUCUCAAAUUUCUAAAAUUUGCAGCUUUCCUGGUGUCAGAAAUGCUGUCAUCAUCUGCGAAUCUCAGUCUCAGUGUUUGCAUGCUCAGGAUUUUUUCCAAAAUGUGAAGGAAAGUGUUCACAUACAGACCAUAAACAUGACAACUGUUUUGCAAAAGGGAUCCCUGAUUGCGCAGAGGCCCUACAUUUAUCAUUGGCUCAAGUCUUUGAACUUGAGCAGGAAAUUUGCUCUUGAGAGUUUUACCUUUCAGAAUGUGGAAUCUGAAAACAACAACACUGUUGCUUUAAGCAGAUCAGAUUCAUACUUCAGCUCAAAGAAACUGCCAGUUGUGGUGCUGGAAAAAGAUGCUGACGGCAAAUUAUCUGACAUUCCACUGAUGCCAAGAAAAAAACAGCUUUUCCGAAAGAGAGCUGUGUACAUUGUGACAGGUGGUCUUUCUGGACUGGGCUUUGAAACAGUAAAGUUCAUUUCUCAAAGAGGAGGGGGGUACGUUGUCAUACUGUCCAGAAGCAGACCUACACCAGAUGUGCAACAAAAGAUAGACGAUGUGGUUAAACAGUGUGGGACAUGCAUCACUAGCAUGGAGUGUGAUGUCUCUGUGUCUGAGCAUGUGCACAAGACUAUCAGUGCCAUUGGCCAGAAAUUCCCUGGUUGUCCAAUCAGAGGAGUGUUCCACAGUGCAGUCGUCUUGAAUGACGGGAUGAUUGAGACCCUUGACAAAUCUCUCUAUGAGAAAGUUCUCAAACCUAAGGUGAACGGUGCUCUGAAUCUGCAUCAUUCAACACAGCACUGUCACUUAGACUACUUUGUGUGCUACUCCUCCAUCUCUGCUUUUCUGGGAAAUGCAUCACAGACAAACUAUGCAGCGGCCAACACAUUCCUUGACACAUUCUGUCAGUAUCGACGCAAACUUGGGCUCCCUGGACAGUCUAUCAAUUGGGGAGCUCUGAAUCUCGGCCUCCUCUUGAACAAGGAACAUUUCCAAAGGUUUCUGGAGGCAAAAGGGAUGAUGGUGUUGAAUGUGGCCGAAAUUCAUAAAAGUUUGGAACAGUGCCUUUUGAUCAACAGACCGCAACAGGCUGUGUGCAGGUUUCAUUUCAAAAACAUCAGGUACAACAUCCUCUCUCAAAAUGCUGCCUUGACCAUGCGCCUGUCCGCAUUAGUAGAGGAGUUUUUCCAAAAAUCAAAUGAGAUGAGUUCACAAAGCAAAGAAACAGAGUCAGUCUCGCCAAAAGACUAUGUCAAAUCUCUACUCAGCGAGACCAUUGGUACUGACAAGAGUGAGCUUCAUGACGAAUUGCCUCUUUCAUCUAUAGGCAUUGACUCAAUGCAGGCCAUGACUCUGCAGAAUCUCAUCUUUCAAGAGAAAGGUGUGAAUGUGCCUUUGGUGAAAUUGUUGGAUCCCAAUGCCACGCUAUCAACACUGGUAGCAAUGCUAAGUGAGGAAGCUACAGGUGAAAUGUCCAGGGAGUCCCCUCUAAUUGAAAGGAGGAUUGCUGUUUCAACAAGAUUGUAA